AUGGAAUUUAGUAAUAUUUUUCGUUUGAAUGAACAUAUUCGUUUACACAGUGCCCAUUCUUGUGAUACUUGCCAAAAAACUUUUAUGACAGCUUUUGAUUUAAAUUUACAUAUGGGCACACAUACAGGAUUUACUUAUGACUGUAAAGAUUGUGGAAAAUGUUUCCCUUGUCGGAAAACGCUUGCUGAACAUAACCGUUCGCAUAGAUUAAUUCUUAGCAAUACAAAUAUUUGCAAAAAUAAUGAUAAAAAUGAUAAUAUCCCGAAAAAUCAAAUUUUUGAUGAUAAACAAAAACAAUUAAAUUAUGGAAUGGAAAGUCCCCCAAUUAUGCAAUUUUUUGAAAAGCAACAAAAUAUUGAACAAAAUGGACGUAAAAAAGUUAGAGCUACAAGGAAAGGUAAAUAA